UGGGCUUUCGUCUUCGCCUUUGCUGCAUUCAUCAUCCACGCACGACACUGGCCACCCGCACGGGUCACCAUGUCUAGAUCCAUAUUCACCUACUCGCUGUUCUUCAGCCACCUGGCGAUGGCAACGGCCUUUUUGGCCUCCUCGCCUAAAGUAGCGCCCCUUUUCACAACCCAACCAUUGUCCUCCUACUCUCCACUCAGGAGCCUCGAGCAGCGGGCACCGCGCCGCCAACAAUCUCUACAGCUAUCACACGAAGCGACGAAGCGAGCGACCGGGCGUGCUGCCACUGUGGCUCAUGUGGCCCCUGGGCACCACUCCCGACAGGCUCAGGGGCGCGAUGCCCCUGAACAUGAGCGGCCUGUUGUUGCCUCGGCGGGACUGUCAACUUUCGAAAUGGAAACCAGCCCGACCGGCUUACCUUCGCGGAAGAAGCCGUUGUUCACCCCUCGAUUUGCCGCCUUGACCGCGUCUGCGCUCGCGGUUGGGCUGGCCGUUUCCGUGCUCGCCCCGGGUACCGCAUCCGCCGCAGUCAAGGCGAUAGUGGCGGGGAGCGAGGACGAGGCGCACCUGCAUGUCGGUCAGAAGGUCGCCAAGUUUUUCAGGCGCGGCGGUCUGCCGGACUGGGCGACGCUCAUGACGAUCUCGGCGAUGCCGGUGGUGGAGCUGCGCGGCGGGGUACCCGUGGGCAUCUGGAUGGGCAUGCCGAUCGCGAAGGUCUUCGGGCUGUGCGUCGCCGGCAACAUGAUCCCCAUCCCGAUCAUCCUGCUCGCGCUGCGGUCCUCGUUCGUGCAGAAGCUGGCCAAGCCGGUGCUGGACAGGGCUAGGGAGAAGGCGGCCGGGUUCGGCGACGAGAAGAGCCAGGCCCUGGCGCUGACGCUCUUCGUGGGAAUCCCGCUGCCGGGAACGGGGGCAUGGACGGGGGCUAUGGGAGCGUUUUUGUUGGGCAUGCCGUUCCAGAAGGCGAGCAAGGCGAUGCUGUCGAUCUUCCUUGGUGUGGUGAGCGCCGGCGUGAUCAUGAGCUGCCUCACCCUCGCCGGAAAGGCCGGAGCUCUCGUCGCCACGGCCGUCCUGGCGGUGUUCUGCGUGACCAACAUGCUGGGAGGGGGAGAGGACGGGGGAAACAAGGCAUCCGACUUCGCGUCCAAGUGACCGGAGACGCCAAGUGUGCGAGGUUUCCCCAUCAGGGAAACAGAAAGGAAAUGAACUCGCCGGCUGAGUGUUGAAAGCCAUUUGGUCGUGAGACGGCCUCUCCUCUGUGAGGCGCCUUUCAAGGGGGCCGUAGUUUCACCGCUGUUGGUGGGCAAGAGCGCCUUAUUUUUGAGCAAGAGUGACGAUGCUGCCUCGCGCUAAGUAGGCAAAUGGAUCGCUUCUCUUGUGUUUUUGAUUCGCCGUAGUGUUGUUACGAUGCUUCGGCGGGGGAUUGAAGUGAACUGGAAGUCGAAAGCACCGCAACAGACAUCAGCCAUUUUAUUUCGCAGGUCGUGUAGAGAGCUGCAUGGUAGCGUGUGUCGCGAGGUAUGAACGAAUGGCGCCCUAUUGCCCGUGUUCUGUUGAUUUUUGUGUUUUCAUGUUGCGUACAGGAAGUUGAUUUUGAGGAAUGCGGUGACGUUUUUGGGCAGCUCGAUUCGCUCGGGGUGCGCUCUAUCACACGAUUUCUAUUUUUUUUUAACCGCAUGGUUGGGGUUCGACAGUGAGCACAGCGCGUGGUAGUGGGGUUGCCACUUUCAGCUCUGCGUUGCACGCCGUGGAAGGAUAUUGUUACUUUGUUUCUUUGGACCCGUUUUAACGCUUUAAUGUUGCACGUGAGUAGAGGGCCUGAAAAACCUGAAGUGGGGGGGUACCUGGGGUCGAAGACGGUGAUUGGUCAACAGCGUAAAACAUGAUGAGGCUUUUGCAGCCCGGAAAAGCGGAACUUCGGUGUUGCGUGCAGCAAGAAACAAUGGCAAGUUGGACAGAUAUGCUGAAUCGAAGUACCCGAGGUGGACUGCACCCCCUAUUCACCCCCCAUGAUGAGCUGAACUCGUGUUGGCGCUACCGCUGACUGGACCGCAUGUGGCGCACUGCCCGUGCGGCACCCACACGCAUCGCCCACUGCCCGCUGCUGGGAAGUAGCUUGUUGUCUUGCAAUGAUUCUGCGAGCGAGUCAACUUUUCGCGCUGGUUGGGUUGCGGUGGAGGUUGCUUUCCAAAGUGUGCGAUGUCAAAAGCCAACGGCC